AUGAUUUCUGUGAAGCGCGUAUCGAGGCUUGUGUCGGUGAAGUGUCUGUUGUGUUCCAAAGAACUUAGAUACAACAACAACACCUCAUCUAUGCUGAGGCAUUAUAGAGCCCUGCAUGAAAACAAGGAGACCAACCAAGGUGGACCAGGCUCAGGAGAGAAGAAGGAUGUGGAUGAGAGUUUGGUCAAUAUGGUUAUUGAGGAUUCCCAGCCUUUCACUAUUGUGGAGGACAAAGGGUUCAGAAAGCUUGUUAAAGCUUUGAACCCAACCUAUGUUCUCCCCACAAGGCAGGCUUUGAAAGCUAUGGUGGAGGACAAAUAUAAGGAAUCCAAGGAGAAAGCCAAAGCCUUGGUUUUGAAGGCCUCAGUAGCUCUUGACCAAAACGCUGUGUUGUCUGUCAUCCGGGCAAACUCAAGGAAGAUAGUGGGCUAUUUCAGGAGCAGCACAACUGCAAAGGAGAGGCUGACACAGGUGCAGGAGCAAAUGGGCCAGCCAGCACUGAAGCUAGUUCAAGAAGUGGAUACACGUUGGAACAGCACAUACCAUAUGCUCCAACGUGUUUAUGACCUCAGGGAACCUGUAGGAGCAGCUUUGGCAGGCCUUCGCACUGACGUUGCCCCACUGUCAUCAGAACAGUACAAUAUUAUUGCAGAAUGUCUAAAAGUGCUGUCCCCAUUUCAUGAUGCCACAGUUGAGCUGUCAGAGGAGAAGAGAGUAUCCGGAUCAAAAGUCAUUCCUCUUUUGUCAAUGCUACACCACACACUGGAGGAGGACAUGGGAAUUCUCCAAACUCCAGAGAGCAAAGCAAUGGCUGAGAGUCUGAAGAGACAGUUACGGGAGAAGCUAUUCACAUUGCAAUCAAUGAGCAUCAUGUCACUGGCGACACUGCUUGAUCCCAGGUUUAAAAAGAUAGGCUUCUUUAGCCCCAAUAAAGCAGCAGAGGCCGAGAAGAGGCUCACUGCUGAAUGUGCUGCUGUUAUUCGAAACAGCCCGUCCUCCUCCUCGUCCUCCUCACAACCACACACAUCAGAAGCUUCUCAGCCUUUGACUCAAAGUAACAAACUGUGGCAUCGUUUGGACACCACAGUCCUGCAGACUAGGGCUCAAAAUGUCACUGCAGAUGCAACAGUGGAGGUCCAGAAGUACUUGGGUGAACCAAACAUCGCCAGAGUGGAGAACCCCUGGAAUAUUGGGAAAGACAGAAAAAGUAUAUCCCAACUUGUACCAACUUGCUAUUGCUUUUCUCUGUACCCCUGCUUCAUCUGUGCCCUGUGA